AUGGACUUAGUAGUAAAUCAGAUGCGGUGGCUCCGCGAUUUGCCCAGUAACUUUAAGGGAGACGUCGCCACCGCCGUAUUUGACGACUCCAUCGACGUUCUCGUCUACGCAUGUGUGUUAUACAUCCUGCUCGUGUUUGUCGUCCCCGAACACGUCAUGAAGAACCGUGAGCCCUUCAACCUGCGAGUGCCCUUUGUUAUCUGGAAUCUUGCGCUCUGCCUCUUUUCUGUGUGCGGCGCUGUAUCGUGUAUUAAGAACAUGACCCUCCUCCACCUGGAUCGCGGGUUCUACAAGACCACCUGCUUUUUCGACAAAAAUGUCGUCUUUGACGGGGAAUUCGCGUUCUGGGUUUUUUACUUUAUUCUUUCCAAAAUUCCGGAGAUGCUUGACACCGCCUUCCUCGUCUUUCAGAAGAAGCCGGUGAUAUUUUUGCAUUGGUAUCAUCACCUCACUGUCGCCAUCUUCUGCUGGCACGCCGGCCACGCGCUAAUUCCCAGCGGGCUGUGGUUUGCCACGAUGAACUACUGCGUGCACUCCAUCAUGUACUUCUACUACUUUAUGUGUGCCUGUAGGCUGCGCAGAGUGAUCCGCCCCAUUGCUCCAUUCAUCACGAUGCUGCAGCUCCUCCAGAUGGUGGCGGGGACGCUCAUUGUGGGGUACACCGCCUACCACUCGUACCUGAGCGGGUACGGGUGCGCGGUGAACCGCACAAGCAUUCGUCUCGGCCUUGUGAUGUACGCCAGCUACUUUGUCCUUUUCGCCGUGCUGUUUGGGAGGCUGUACCUGUGCAAGCCGGGCAAGUCGGCUGGUGCCGCUGCCCACGCAACGGAAAAGCGACGCAAUGGAAAGAAGGUAGAGUAG